CCAGAUACCAUUGACAGCUAAGCUAUCUCAAGAUAUUGACAGAUUAGUUUCAAAAUGUCAUUCUUCUGAGAUAUGUGAAGUGGUUAGAACUUUAACAAACGCUAUCACCUUUUUGUCUAAGGUGAAAAUAAGAUCUGAAAGACCGCUCUGUGAUUUUCUUGAGAAAGAUCUGAAAAUGAUGUCAGCUCAGACUUCUAUGAUACCGAGAUCCACCAAUACCUGCCAUGUUCUUUCUUUGUAUCAAAGGUUAACAUGGCACAAAUCGGUAAUGUUCUCUCAUCGAGGACUUGAUCCAUACAAAGAAACUUUGUUUACUGUCAAUCAAGAAGAGAUUCCCGAAUAUAUCAGAGAAAAAGUUGAAGAUACUUUUAAACAAAUGGAUGUUGUCAUGCUACAACAAAGAAUCAACGAAAUGUUGAUCAACUUUCCAGAAAGUAAUGCUGACUGGAGCUUGGUUGAAGAUUUGUUUCCAAAUAUCCAGUUUAUUGAUGGAAAUGAAGACGAUAGUUGGUAUUCGAAAUUGCCAGAUGAAUUAUGCUGUAAACACAUUUCUGAUUUAUUUUCAUUGAGUGUGAAAUUUUUGUUGAGUAAUUGAACGAACAUUGAUGUUGGUAUGUAGUCUUUCAAUAUACAGUUUUGAUUAUACAGUAAUAUAUAAUUUGGCAUGUACUAGCCAUGGAAGUGUGGUCCUAUUGUGAUUUAUUUUGUGUUUCUUGAUUGUAGAACCUGCAGUAGAAAUCGUGUUAAUGCUUAUUUAGUUGUGCCUUAGAUUCUGCCUUAUAUAUUAUUAGAUGAUAACAUAACAGUAUAAUAUUCAUUUAAUACUAUUUAGGCUGGCUGCUCAUACAGAGCCUUGUUCGGUAUGAAAACGCCUCAUUAAAAUUUAACUUUCUUGUUAUCUAAAGAUGAAUAUGUUGUGUUUUGUCUUGUGAGUAACAAAUAGAGCACUGAAAGAAAAUCACUUUUUGGUUAUAUUGUACGGAUGAAAAAAUAAUUUGGAACUGAUGUCAAUAAAUAGACUAUCACCAUUUACAUCUUCUAUGAAUUGACAAUAAAGUAAUCUGCAUUCCUAUUAUACAAAAUGAUUGUGACCGAAGUUUAUUUCUUCAAAUAUGUAUUUCUAUUUUUUAUAAUAUUACCGGAACUUAAAAUGCAACCAUGCUGAAUUUCCAAUAACAUUAACUAUGUAUUCUUGAUUUUAAUAUGGAUGAUUCAUAUGUUGGUGAUUUUUUUGUACAUUUAUGCAAGUUAAAUCAUUACCACUGUUUUUUCUGAUGUUAUUCAUUAACUAAUCACCGAUUUACUGUCAAUUCGUAUUUUUAACAAUCUAUAAGUAUAAGCAAAGAGAAUCAGGCAGUUUGAAUACCAAUUUAUUUUACCUUCAACCGCUUCCACUGAAAAAAUCGUAUUUGUUGAAUUGAUUUCAAGUUUUAUCAUUGAUUUUUCAAAAAUAAUUUCUGUAAAGAUUUCAGUCUGUUGUUAAUUUUAGUUUUCUUUUGUGUAAACAAUAAACAAAAUACUAGUAGUCAUUGUAA